CGCCUCAUCACUAUCCCCUUCCCCCUUUUCUCUCUCUCUCUCUCUCUCUCUCCCUCCCCCAUUCCAAAUUCCAACCCAGAAGAGCGAAAAUGGUGAUAAUUUCGCCGCUACUCUCCUUCUCCGCGCUAUCAAACCCUACCGUCGCAUUUCCGACGAUGAUCGCUCCCGCGGCUCAAAGAAGCCCCUUCGAGCUCCGUCGAUUCCCGUCGCAUUACCACCCUCUCCGAUGCCCUGCGCGAAUCUCAAAGUGCUUCUCCCAGAAGCAGUCCACUGAAGGGCUCGAGCGCCUUUUCUCCAACCUCAACCAAGCCACCAUGGAGCACGAGCCCGGCAGUGUCACAAGUGCAAUCUUUCUGGUGGCAGGAACGACGGUAGGUGCAGGUAUUCUUGCUAUUCCUGCUGUCACACAAGAAGCAGGAUUUUUGGCAUCUGCAGUGACAUGCAUUCUUUGCUGGAUAUACAUGGUUGUGACAGGACUGUUGAUUGCAGAAGUGAAUGUUAAUACAAUGUGCGAACUAGGUUCUGGAGGUGUUUCAUUGGUAUCAAUGGCCAUGCGAACUCUUGGGAAAAUUGGAGUACAGGCUGCUUGCUGGUCUUAUAUAUUUAUACACUAUGCCCUUCUCGUUGCUUACGUGGCUCGCUCUUCAGAGAUUUUGACGAACACCUUUGGCAUUCCAUUAUGGGAGAGUGCUACCUUGUUUUCUUUGGUUUUCGGAGGCAUAUGCUACUUUGGAAGCCAGCGGCUUAUUGGUGCGGUUAAUGGCUUUUUGGUAUUCGGCAUCCUCGUCUCUUUCACUUCUCUUGCGGGUGUUGCGAGUGGAAAUCUGCAAUGGAGCUCUCUUCUUCAAGCCCAUGUUGAGGCCAUCCCACAAAGUAUACCAAUAAUAGCACUUGCAUUUGUUUACCAGAAUGUUGUUCCAGUUCUUUGUACAAAUCUUGAGGGUAACCUGUCAAAAGUAAGGACAGCCAUUGUGCUUGGUACAGCUAUUCCUCUUAUUCUAUUUCUUAUCUGGGACGCUGUAAUUCUUGGGAGUAUGCCAAAUCUUGCAGCAAGUGGCACUGAAAUCAUCGACCCGCUGGAGCAGUUACGGUCCAGCAACGGAAUAGUUGGACCAAUUGUUGAUGUUUUCUCAUUUCUUGCAAUAGCCACAUCAUAUAUCGGAUUUGUUCUAGGUCUCUCGGACUUCGUCGCAGACUUGCUUAGACUACCAAGUGGCCAGAGCAAACCUCUACCAUAUGUUCUAACUUUGCUUCCGCCGCUAGUGUUAGCAUUGCUUGAUCCGGAGAUAUUUUUCAAAGCCUUGGAUUUUGCAGGAACUUACGGAGUUUUAGUAUUAUUCGGAGUCCUUCCAGCUGCAAUGUCUUGGUCGGAGAGAUACUCGGAUUCCUCACAAUCGCCGCCGCUUCCCCCUUUGGUUCCGGGAGGGAGAUUCACUCUGUCCCUCGUUGCGGGAGGUGCUUUGCUCGUCAUCGUCACUGAGAUAUUCAAAGAUGUCAUGCACCUACAAUAACUAGUAUAUGAGAUGAUUCGAAGAGGCGAAAACGCAAAGUUCUCUCUCAUCUGUGUGGCUCCCAAAGCUCUCGCGAAAUGCCUCAAACUUGGUCUCUCUCAUGUAUAGCUAAAUUUAGGGCUUUUUUUGCAAAUAGCCCCCUGACAAAAUUUUAUUUUAAAAUUAGCCCUAUCAAAUUUGAAAUUGCAAAAAUAGCCCUGCUCCUGCCACGCAGGUGCCACGUCAGCGCCACGCGAGCAGGCUGGGGCCAGGUAUGUAAGUUGAACACGGUGAACCAUUCAUCGUGUUCAAACACGGUGAAUGGUUCACCGUGUCUAAUGUAUUAUACCGGCCCAAGCUAGUGUGUAUAAUACAUUGGACACGGUAAACACAAUGAACCAUUCCCCGUGUCCAAUACAAAUACCUGCGACUUUGCCUUUUUUUGGCUAAGGGCUACUUAUUUGUAUUGGACACAGUGA